AUGGGUAGUAAUCAGUAUGUUUACUCUGCCUUACAAGAUGACAAACACAUCUGGUUGCUUCGCCUGUCGCCGAGCUCGAACCCGUUAGACCGACUUGAAGGCAGCCUCUUCGAAUACCCAUUAUCUGAUAUUGGAGCACAAACACAGCUCUAUGAAGCCCUUUCUUACACUUGGGGACCGCCCGAAAAGCAGCAUUCCAUUUGGAUUGAUGAUAAAGAACUAACUGUGACUGCCAAUUGUCACGCAGCACUUCAGAAAUUACGUGAUUGCUUCAUUGAGCGCAUCCUAUGGGUAGAUGCGAUAUGUAUCGACCAGGGCAGCCUCGGAGAGCGCGCUAAGCAGGUGCAACUUAUGGCCGAGGUCUAUUACAAAGCUCGACAAGUCAUAGUAUGGCUUGGUGAGGCGACGCCUGAGACCGACGAGGCCAUUGAAUGUAUUCGAGCGGCGGCGCAGAGGGAGGAUACGGCAACUGGAAAGGAUGCUCCUACACCACAAUCGAUUAUAUCAUUACUCGAGAGACCUUGGUUCCGGAGAGUUUGGAUUCUGCAAGAAGUUGCAGCAGCUCAACAUGUUAUCGUUGUUUGCGGAUCAUCCGAGAUCGAUGGCUAUGCAUUCUGCUUAGGGGUUCCUACAUACAUAGACACUGAAGAGUCCUUUAGUGUCAUCUCUUCUGUUGAGUAUCUGAUGAGAGGUUCCAUCUUUCGCCCGAAAUACACUCGCACAACUUCGGGAUCAGUCACUCUCAGUAUCAGGCCACUGGGAGAGCUUAUGGAUAUGUAUCAUGCACACGAUGCCACAGAUCCACUCGACAAGACUUUUGCGAUGCUUGGAAUGAGUACCGAUGGCUCUUCAGCCACAGAACUCACACCAGAUUAUAGCAUACCCUGGGGCGUUCUCUUCAGGCGACUGAUCACUUUCCUACUGGGGCCCAAGGUCACAGUCAAAACAUCCAACAGUCACAAGGUAGCUGUGAUCAGCGGGAAAGGGUUCGUGAUUGGGAAAGUGGCUUCAGUGGCUCCAAGAAGCAACAAAGAUCGAGACUUCCGGGUGACCAUGGCAUUUACAGGUUCCUUCGAAUCAGCAUGGCCUCCACGUACUUGGAACAUACACGCUGGAGUAAAAGGCGUACAACCAGAUGAUAUAUUCUGUAUGCUCGAUGGAGCUACAAGUCCAAUGCUUAUUCGACAGAAUGGCAGACACUUCGCAGUUAUUAUGAUAACCAUCAAUUCAGUCCAACCGCCAAUCGAUAUGCCUCAAAACUCGAAUCCACGGAAUUUUGUUCUUACUUGAGACGUAGAGAGUGGAGGACGUCAACCGCAAGAUGAAGAGAUCAACAGCUGGGGGGAAAGGGGCAUCCUUAAAUAUACCGAACCACAUCAUCCAGAGCCUGUUAGAAGGGGCCAACUACUCAGAGCAACCGGCCAAAUAUUGAAAGACGCGAGAGACUCCGAGGCAGCAGUAGAGAUCUUCCAGAAAGCCCUUGAUUCCUACAGCUUAACCCUGACACAAGAGAAUAGGACGAGGGUCGAAUGUUCCAUAGAGCUGGC